AUGCGAAAUGCAUUAAUCCGAUUCGGACGUUCUCCACGUUCUGCAACAUUAAGAAGUGCAAUGGUCCGUUUUGGUAAACGUUCAGAAAAUUCUUCAAAUAAUGAAUUAUUGGAAAGUAAAAGGAAUAGUGCCCCACAACCUUUUGUUCGUUUUGGACGUUCAUUCUCUUCAAUACCUUUUAAUGGACAAUUUAAUUCUCCAUGGUGGAUUGAAAGAUUUGCUUUUCUUUGA